CAGCCAAAUUGCCAGUCUUUCAAUCGUCUCAAACGCUAACAGGAACAAGUUGAAGAUUAUUCCGAACAAAAUUCCAAAACCUGGAAUUGUUUUGCAUUGACGUCACCGUCAAUCUGUCAUCCUUUCUUCAUCCUGUUUUUAGAUUCUGGAUACUAGCUGUUUAACUUGAAGUCUUGAACUAGAUGAUCAGCUGAUCAUGGCCACAAGAAAUCUUGGUGAUUCAUCAUUUGAACAAUGUUAUCGUUGCUACCCUGUCCCUUUCAUUGAUAAGUCACAUCUGGAGAAGGGUGAUAAAAUUAUAAUGCCUCCUUCAGCUCUGGAUUGCCUUGCAUCUUUAAAUGUGGAGUACCCAAUGCUGUUUGAAUCAAGUAAUGAUUUUGCUGGACAGAUUACUCAUUGUGGCGGUCUAGAAUUCAUUGCAGACGAGGGCCUCAUAUUCUUGCGAUCAUUAGAUGAGGGAGAACAUUCUCCUUCAAGAGGGAGACACCGUGCUGGUGAAAUGUGCAAGCUUAGCAAAGGGAACUUAUGUGAAGCUGCAGCCCCACAUAAUGGAUUUUUUAGAUAUCUCCAACCCCAAAGCCAUAAUUUGCCCCUUGUCUUGAUUAUAAGAAACCUGAAAAGCCAGCACCCUCUUCUCAAAAAUGCAAGAUGCCACCCUAAGUUGAAGAAGAGCAACCUGGAAAAGUGGCCAAGUUCAGUAGUUUCACAGGUUCAGCAAGACGUUUGGAUGGCAAACCCCCAACAGAAACAGCAGUGAAGUUUCACCACGAGUAGAAGAACCAAAGUUUAAAGCCUUCACAGGGAAGAAGUAUUCACUCAUAGACUGAUCUCAUUCAAGCUGUUUUUGAGGAAUGGUGAAAGAGUCAAGUACUGGUGAUUGAUGAGUUUCCUUGCUCAAGGCUUUUGUCCAAAUAUAACACUACAUGUGCA